CGAAAUCAUUUCUCUAAAUUCCUCCACGGUUCCAAAACAAUGGCGAUGACUCUCUGUAGAAGAGGAGGAGCUCUGAUCAAAUCAAUCCCAUCUUCUGCUUCUGUUUGUCGAUCAUUUUCUUCCUGUUCUUCUAAUCUAUCUCGUGGUCUUCGUCCUGUUAUUGCCCUAACUGAGUUCACAAAUCGAUUUCCAUCAACAAAAACAAUUCUUCCUGCUGCCGCUACUUUGAAAAGUAUGUUCACUACAACAACAACAUCAUCAGUGAGUGAUCCAAAACCAAACAAUAAUCAUCCACCUAAAGAGAAUACAGUACCGGAAGAUUUUGAUUUUGAUUGUUGGAUUAUGCUUAUAAGAUUACCUGAAGGAGAUCCUAAAAUUAUUGUUGGAUUUUUUAAUACAUUAACGGAUAUCAUGAAAAGUGAGGAGGAAUCAAGGAUUAAAAUAUACUCGUGCUAUGAUGGAUACUACUUUGGUUUUGGAGCCUUUUCAGAAGAACUGGCAAACAAGAUUGAAGAACUGCCUGGAGUGCGCUGGGUUGAACCUGCUUCUUACUUUGAUGAUAUUAAAAAUGGAGAACUUGCUGAAGCGCGCUCGAUCAAACAAGCUUCUUACAUGGAUGACGAUGCAAAUGAAGGUGCAUGUUUCUUCAUAUCAGGGAGGCCUUCCAUCAAUAGAAAAGCUGUUCAACCCGGUUCCUGUGAGGAAUGGAUGCGUAAUGAAUUAAAAAAGGAUAUGCAAAGGGAGAGAGACAUGCAGAGUAGAGAAUGAAUUGCUCUGCCAGGAAGUGGAGGUGUGUCCUAUCAAGGUGGGCAACCUGUAGAUGUAAACAACAAUUGGAACUAACAAGUGGAGGGUGCCGUAACUGUAGAAAUUUGACAAAAGGAAGUAGUAAGUUGUAUAACGGAAGGUUUUGGGUUAUAGAUUUUUUUCCCAUCUUUUCUUUUCAUUUCUUCUUUCGCUAUGUUUUGUUAUAGGAAAAGCUGUAUGAAUUAGGGUAACACUGACGCAGGUCAAGUAAGUAGAUUUAAGGUUAAUAUGGAUGUUUGAUGAAUCUCAAAAAUCCAUCAAACACGAAACAUCUUCGAUAGAAAUUCUAGAAGGGUUGCAGUUGUAAUUGAAUAUGAUUAAGUUUCUGCCCAUAUU